AUGCUAACCCGUGGUCUCCACGACGCAGGAUAUAACCGCCUGAAUCUCGACGACUGCUGGAUGCAGCAUGAUCGAGCCCCCGAUGGCUCCCUCCAGUGGAACACUACCAAGUUCCCGCACGGCAUCCCCUGGCUCGCCAGCUACGCAACCAAACUUGGUUUCCACCUGGGCAUCUAUGAAGACGCCGGCAAUCUGACCUGCGGCGGGUAUUCCGGGUCAUACGGGUACGAGGCGCAAGAUGUCGAGACGUUCGCCAGCUGGGGCAUUGACUACCUCAAAGUUGACGGGUGUAAUGUCUGGAGCGAAGGUGGAUCGGGACCGGGAUCGGGAUUGCUGCGAGAGGAGUAUCGAGCUCGGUACGGCGCUUGGCACGAGGUUUUGAGUCAGUUGCCGCGACCGUUGAUUUUCUCCGAGUCUGCGCCUGCGUACUUUGCGGAUAAUGCUUCCGACUGGGCUGUUGUGAUGGAUUGGGUGCCAAGGUUUGGGGAGCUGGCGCGCCAUUCUACGGAUGUGUUGGUUUUUGUUGGUGAGGGCAGUGCUUGGGAUAGUAUUAUGAACAAUUACGACUUUAAUACGCUGCUGGUGCGAUACCAGCGACCGGGAUAUUUCAAUGAUCCUGAUUUCUUGAUCCCUGAUCAUCCGGGGCUGACGCAGACGGAGAAGGAAUCGCAUUUUCGGCUCUGGGCGUCUUUCUCGGCGCCGUUGAUUAUUAGCGCUUAUAUACCUGCCCUGUCAGAUGAGGAUGUUGCGUAUCUGAGCAAUGCGGAUCUCAUUACGGUGAAUCAGGAUCCGCUGGCUCAGCAGGCUGCUUUGGUUAGUCGUGAUGGCACAUUUGACGUUUUGACUCGCUCUCUGGAGAAUGGUGAUCGGUUGUUGACUGAUUUGAACCGCGGGCCUGUGCCAGCGAGUGCGACUAUCUCUCUCGGGCGUCUUGGACUGGCUCAGUCAGGCUGCCAGUACCGAGUUCGGGAUCUCGUCACUCGACGGGUUGGCACUGUUGACCAUGCCGUCGAGAUCCAGCUUGAUUCCCAUGCGACUAGUGUUCAUCGGAUCGAGCUGCCUGAGGGAUGUUCCACGGUAACUCCCACCGGCAUGGUCUUUCAUACCCCAUCCGGUCUCUGUAUGACUGCCUCUGGUGAUGCUGUUUCCUUUGAGAAAUGCAAGGCGCUGGAUUCUCAGGUUUGGGAUGUAUCUAUGGAUGGUACUAUGCUGGCCUUGAGCGCUUUGUCAGAUCGCUCUCUGUGUCUCGCUGCUCGAAAGGGUCGAGUCUCGCUCGCAGCAUGCGGCGAUGCUGGAACUACUUGGGAGCAUGUUGUGACUGGGCACUUGAGGACCACCGAGGGCUGUCUGACCCGGGUUUCGGGCAUUGGCUCUGCUGAGGCUUGUGUAGUUAACAACGCUGCGCAGAUCUUUGGUCUUCCCAGUGGUGUCCAUCUUGCUGAGAGUGAAUGA